AUGUUGUUACUAAUGGGUAGCGGUGAUUCAGACUCAGAUCCGAUCAUUUAUCUUCAUGGAGUCUUAGAAUUUACGAUAUCCGAAGCUCAAUGUUUGCCGAACAUGGACGUAUUGACGCAACGUGUUCGACGUUGCUUAAACGCUCUCGAGCCUUCGAAACCACCGACGGCGUCAUCGAAGAAAGGAACGCCGCGCCGACGUAGAUUCGUUACCUGUGAUCCGUACGCAUCCGUCUGUCUCGCCGGUGCCACUGUCGCACGGACGCGCGUGAUCCCUAACUCACAAGACCCUGUAUGGGACGAGCAUUUCGUUACGCCAGUCGCGCAUCCGGUAACGCAUGUGGAGAUUCAGAUAAAGGAUAAUGAUGUUUUCGGUGCUGAAUUGAUCGGUGUGGCUAUGAUCUCCGCCGAAAGGAUUAACUCCGGGGAGCUUAUUGACGAUUGGUUCCCAAUUAUUGGUCCAUCUGGUAAACAACCAAAACCUAAUUGCGCGAUACGAUUACAGCUCCAAUAUACCUCUUGUGAAGACCAGAACGAACAAUCAAUCGAGGGCGAAGAGUCGUUUUGCUUGAGGGAUAGUUAUUUUCCGGUGAGAUCCGGUGGGAGUGUGACUCUGUAUCAGGAUGCUCACACGGUGGAAGGGACGUUACCGGAAAUUGAACUGGAUGGGGGAGAAGAGGGUGGAGAGUGUAAUUUCUUUAAGCAGAGGGGGUGUUGGGAAGAUAUUUGUCAUGCUAUAUUGGAGGCACAUCAUCUUGUGUACAUUGUUGGGUGGUCGAUUUACGAUAAGGUGAAGCUGAUCAGAGAGCCAAACAUGCCAUUGCCAAAUGGUGGAGAUUUGACUCUUGGUGAGUUGUUGAAGUACAAAUCAGAAGAAGGUGUGAGGGUUUUGUUGCUUGUUUGGGAUGAUAAGACUUCACACAACAAAUUCUUCAUUAAAACGGAAGGAGUGAUGCAAACUCAUGAUGAAGAUACUCGGAAGUUUUUCAAACACUCAUCUGUACACUGUGUAUUGUCUCCCCGAUAUGCAAGCACUAAGCUUAGCAUUAUUAAACAACAGGUUGUUGGGACUCUAUACACUCAUCAUCAAAAAUGUGUGAUAGUGGAUACAUUCGCCCAAGGAAAUUACAGGAAAAUAUCCGCUUUUAUUGGAGGAUUGGACCUCUGUGAUGGACGCUAUGACACACCAGAUCAUCGUCUAUUUCAAGAUGUCGACACUGUAUUUGCCACCGAUUUUCACAAUCCAACAUUUUCUUCAGGCACACGUGCUCCAAGAGAACCAUGGCAUGAUUUACAUUGCAAAAUCGAUGGUCCAGCUGCAUACGAUGUCCUCACAAACUUCGAGCAAAGAUGGAGAAAAGCCACAAGAUGGUCUGAACUUGGACGCCGUUUCAAAAGAAUAUCUCAUUGUCAUGAAGAUGCGUUGCUUAAAAUAGAACGCAUUUCAUGGAUACUCAAUCCUUCCUCUGAUCUUCCAGAAGAUGCUCCUGCUUCAUGGCUUUCAAGGGACAAUGAUCCUCAAAACUGGCAUGUUCAGGUUUUCCGCUCAAUCGAUUCUGGCUCGUUAAGAGGAUUUCCAAAAGAUGCUCGAGAAGCUGAAAAUCAGAAACUAGUUUGUGCAAAACAUCUUGUGAUUGAUAAGAGCAUUCAAAAAGCCUACAUUCAAGCCAUAAGAUCCGCAAAGAAGUUUAUCUAUAUUGAGAAUCAAUAUUUUCUCGGGUCAUCGUAUGGAUGGCUAUCUCAUAAAGAUGCAGGUGCUGAUCAUUUAAUACCAAUGGAGAUUACAUUAAAGAUUACUAGUAAGAUAAGGGCAAAUGAGAGAUUUGCGGUUUACAUCAUCAUUCCAAUGUGGCCUGAAGGCCAUCCCACCUCUGCCCCUGUUCAAGAAAUUUUAUUCUGGCAGGGACAAACUAUGCAAAUGAUGUACGAUAUUAUUGCUCAAGAGCUAAAGAAUUCAGAAAUUACAGAUGCACAUCCACAAGAUUACUUAAAUUUCUACUGCCUUGGGAAUCGUGAAAGAGGCAAAGAAGAAGAUUCAACUUCCGGAAGUAAUUCGGUUUCGGCUUCUUAUAAAAAUGGAAGGUUCAUGAUAUAUGUACAUGCUAAAGGAAUGAUUGUAGAUGACGAGUAUGUGAUAUUGGGAUCUGCUAACAUCAACCAAAGAUCAAUGGCUGGUUCAAGAGAUACAGAGAUAGCUAUGGGCGCUUAUCAGCCUAAUCACACGUGGACACAAAAGCAAGACCAUCCCCGUGGUCAAGUAUACGGAUACCGAAUGUCAUUAUGGGCAGAACACAUGGGAAUUGAAGACCACAUCAAGGAGCCACAAAGCUUAGACUGUGUGCAAAAUGUAAACAAUUUAGCAGAAGAAAAUUGGACAAGAUUCACAUCGGACGAUUUUACCCCUCUACAAGGCCACCUUCUUAAAUACCCUGUCAAAGUCGAUGAGGACGGAAAAGUCAGCCCCUUACCUGGACACGAAUGUUUCCCGGAUGUUGGGGAUCUUUCAGACACGACUACCAACUUCAAGGCAUCAUAUAGAGGGUUCAACACGAGAUUCUAG